AUGAUAUCACCGCGACGCGUGCUGCAAUUAGGAUUCAUAUGGUUUUGCACAUUAAAUGGGAUCACCACGUUUUAUAUCUCCUCGGGAAGGUUACGUCGGUCCCGCUUUCUAGCCUGCUAUCGGUUUGUUCAUAAUUUUCUGGUGAUCAUACUGACGAUUAAGUUCCUUAUGGACUUUUGGCACUUCAGUGCAGCUUCCUUUGAGGAAUCCCCGCUGGUGAGGCUGGCUGCCAUAACAUAUUUCGGGCUCGUUUUCCUAUCCCUGAUCAGUUGCAUGGGUUGUGCCCAUCGGCGUCAGGACCGGAUUUGUAAAAUGAUAAUAAAACUCAAGGAUAUGGAGGCGAUGAGCAAGACCCGGGGAUUCAGGGUACCCAAAAACCAGAAGAGAUUCCUUAAUAUGCUCUUGGUAACGGUGACCCUUCUGCUGAUUCUUCGACUCGGCAUCCAUGCUGCCUUGAAUGUCAGUAGAUUUUUAAGAGGAAACCACAAUCCCUGCAACUGCUUCCUGUCCGAGUGCAUGAUCUUUGCCACAAACUCGUUGGCCCUUGGCCUCAUGAUGGAGAUCUGCCGGAACUGGUGGCGACUGCAGUCGGGUCUGGAGAUAGCGAUCCUGGAUCCGCAACCUUUUCCGGAUCACUUUUGGCGCCUGCGAGAUCUGCAAGCCAUGUUCCAGUCGCUGAUCGAUAUGACCGAUGAGGUAUGCUUGGUCUUUAGGUUUGUGUUUCUCUGCUACUUGAUGCGAAAUGUGUGGAGUGGCAUACGGGUCGGAUACAUGUUGGUUCGCGUUUGCCUCGGUCACAGUGCCAUUGAAUCGGAGUAUCUGCAGAUGGUGUUUAUCACCUGCAUACAGCCGUUGCUCUUUUCACUGAUGAUGAAUUCCUUAACGCACACCACGGAUUCCCUCUUGGAGACCACGAAGGAUGUGAUCAGAGGGCUUUAUAAUCAGGAUGCCCAGCUGGAACGAAGUAUGGAAUGGUUCUCCUUGCAACUGGCGGAGCAGCACUCUUAUGUUCACAUCUUUGGAACUUAUCGCAUGAACAGAAGCUUGGCCUUCGACGGAUGCUCGGUUAUCCUACUACAUGUCAUCUAUAUGGUACAAUGUGAAUACAGUUCUAUGUUUUAA